CCAAGAUGGCGGCGCCCUGUGGGUGAGAAGAGGCUUCAGCGGUAAACAGCCUGAGGGGCGGAGGAGAAGGGAGAGGAAGGGUUCUGUGAUCAUGAAAAAACCAGAUUGUAUAGAGGUGGAAAGGAAGGAACUACUUCGCAGCCAAGCAGUUUGACAAGAGCCCCCAUGUAGAACUGGAAGCAACUGUGCCUUGCGUGUACACCCUGUCAUGCACGUUGGCGCCUAGCGUGAAGCAGGAUGUCUCAGCAAACCAAUAUCGGGGAACUUCUCCCCAUGUUGGAUUCCCCAGUCCUGGCUGUCCUAGAAGACAUCAUGGCGGUGUUUAGAGACAACCUUGCCUCAGAUCGUGGGCCCAUGCUGGUGAAUUCCUUGGUGGACUACUACUUGGAGACCAGCUCCCAACAAGCUUUGCACAUCCUGAUCGCUGUUCAAGAGCCACACGACAAGCACCUUCUCGAUAAAAUCAACGAAUACAUGAGCAAGCCCGCUACCCGCCUCGCCACUCUUUCGCUACUUGGCCACGUGAUUAGAUGUCAGCCCUCCUGGAAACAUAAGCUCCCUCACGCCCCUGUGCUCCUUUCCCUCCUCAAGUGUCUCAAGACUGACACCGACGUCGUGGUCCUCACCACCGGGGUACUAGUGUUAAUCACGUUGCUACCCAUGAUCCCUCAGUCUGGGAAGCAGCACCUGCACGACUUUUUUGGCAUCUUCGGCCGCCUUUCAUCUUGGUACUUGAAGAACCCAGGAGCCGUGACGUCCACCCCUUACUCUUCCUCUCAGCUAGUCCUUGCUCAGAUUCCAUGGCAGCUACCUCACCUCCUGAACCCCCAGUCCUCGAGCUUGUCCACUGAGCCUCAGCAGGCGCCUUUCUGGAGCCCCUCUGCUGUUUGUGGCAUGACCACCCCUCCAACCUCUCCUGGCCUUGCUCUGGAGUCUUUGCAGACUUCUUCCCAGCCUCCCACCAAGUUCUUCAGCAUAGCCGACGAUUUGGCUCCGGGUUCAGUUCCUGCGACGACCGCUGCUGCACCUUCGAAGAAGGUAAAGGCUACCGUUUCUAGCAGGGGCUCACUCUGUCUUUUUUUUUCUGCAGAAGCCAUCUCCAACGAACUCUCCGAGAUCACCGCCGCGGACGCCGAGCCCGUCGUGCCCCGGGGAGGCUUUGAUUCUCCGUUCUACCAAUCCAGCGAGAAUCUCUCCGGCUCUCGGAAAUCUCAGUCGCUCGUUUCAACCGCCGCAGGGCAGUUUUCGAACGCCGAUCCUUUGACAUCUUUCCUGGACCAAUCCUGGCUGGAAGGCCCGCGGGAUACUCCGAAGCAAGCCUUCACACCCAUCGAGCGGCCUUGUCGGGAUGCCGAAGAGAUUCCUGGGAGAAUCCAGGAACUGUGGGCUUCCCCCGAUCCGGGCAUAUUGACUCCCAGCCCUUGUAAAAUCCCCGCUCGCCAGAGACCUGGCCUCGGGAGCCAACCGCUUCCCGAAUACGAGCACCUGUUUGAGGUGGCGUUACCCAAAACUGCUUACCUGUUUGUCGGCCGGAAGACGGAAGAGCUGCUGAAAAAAUUCAAGGGAGGACUGGAGGAUGAAGGCUUUCUCUCUGCUUCACCUUUGAGGGUUCUAGACAGGCUGCUCCAACACGGGGCCGAUGUUCACAGCAGAGAACUCAACAAGUAAGUGGCUUGUGUCUUUGUUGGACUCGCUCUGGAUAAUAAGGCGGUGCCAUCUUUUCUCCCUGCAGGUUCUCCCCCUUCCGAUGAGAUUCGCACCCUGCAGAAUCAGCUGCGCCUGCUGCAUAACCAGCUGUUGUACGAGCGCUUCAAAAGGCAGCAGCACGCUCUCCGGAACAGACGCCUGCUGAGGAAAGUCAUCAAAGCUGCUGCCCUGGAGGAACACAACGCAGCCAUGACCAAACUGGAAGACUGCUCCAACGUCAUCCGGGAUUUGCGGUCCGAGCUGAAAAAAUCCAACAACAAGGUGUGCCACACAGCACUGCUGCUGAGCCAAGUUUCACAAAAGGAAGUGGAGAACAUGCAGACGGCCUUCCGGAAGGAGCUGGAGAGAGCCAAAUCCUGCCUCCUCCUCCAGAGUCAGCAAGUGGAAGCCUCUCAGAACCGGAUUGCGGAACUGGAAUCCCAGCUGACCAAGAAGGAUCACCUGUUCCUGGAGCAGAAGAAGUACUUGGAGGACGUCAAAGCCCAAGCCAGGGACCAGCUGCAGGCGGUCGAACACCAGCACAGAGUGCAGAAACAAAUCACGCGGACUUUUGAACUGGAGAUAUUACGCCUGUACAGUUGCCUGGAUAGCGACCGGUUGCAGAAGAAACAGGAGGACAAAAUGGAAACGGCAGAAAUGGCCGAAGAAAGGCCCUCGGUCAAUGAAGGUCUGUGUCACCCGAUUGCCGGAUGUGGCGAUGAAAUGCUGGACAGAAACGGAGAGACCAGUUUUGCCGGCUCCCAGGCUCACAAUAGCACCACCACCACCAGCAGCAGCAGCAGCAGUAAAGGCAACAGCAGUGGAUCCAGUCCGGAAAAGACCGUCGGCGAACGAGGCGGACAAUUCAACAGCUGCUGGGAGGCCUCUGCACACCAGGAGCCGCCUUCCAGCCGCAGCCGACUGACUGUGGGUUCCUUCCCGAGUUCGGAGAGCUUCCUGGGCAUGAAAGCGCGCGAACUCUUCCGCAACAAGAGCGAGAGCCAGUGCGACAAUGACCAGGCGGCCAUUCAGAGCCUGUGCGGCACGCUGAAGACUGAAUUGUGCAAAGGGCCCCCCGGCCUAGAAACCGGAGGGGGCUCCCUACCCCCUUCUCCAGGUCCCGCGGAACCCAUGCCCUCUCCCCGAAAUCAAGAAAGCAGCGUCGAAUCGCUGCAUAUAAUGGACUACAACGAAUCCCAUCACGGUCACAGCUAAACCGGGAGAGAGAGAGAGAGAGAGAGAGAGAUUGAGCGGCGGGGGACGGGAAAAAGAAAAAGGAAAAUCAGUGUUAACUUUUCUCAUAAUCUCAGCCUCCGGGAGAGGGAGAGGCACGCAGGGGCGCAUGUGGUUUUAACUCCAAAGCUUUCCCGUUUUCGUUCUAGGCCCGUGGGAUUCCCGUCACGGGAACGGGACCUGGUUUUGUUUCGUUCGGGGCGGGUUGGAACUUGGCUGAGCGAAUAUCCGGGCGGAUGCCAGAUCUGGAAAGGAGCUCUCUGCCAUCUUUUCAUGCGUUUUCUCCCUUCUCCC